AUGUGCCUCCUCUUCCCUUCCACCCUCAGCGGCACAGCCCUAAACUGGUUCUAUAGGCUCUACCUUCGCACCAUCAACUCAUUCGACAGUCUCAAGCAGACCUUCCUGGACCAUUUUAUGAUCCAGGCUGAUCGCCUAUACUCCGCCGACAACUUGUAUAUGCUUCGACAGGGUGAGGACGAACCCCUUUGGGAGUAUGCACCCCGGUUCAGUCACGAAUACUUCCACUGUCUAGAAACUGACGAUCGCGCUGCCUUCAGGGCUUUCAAGAGUGGCCUCCGCGAGUCCAACUUUCGCUACCUGGUUCAUAGCAACAGUUGGAACACGUAUGCAGAGCUAAUGAAGCAGGCAGCGGUUCACGCCAAGACUGAAUACUUCAAUUCCAAGCGUGGCCCAGCCAACCUGGCGCGUAACACUUUCGCCGAUCCUCCAUCUGCUUCAGUACCUGCCCCAGCCCCACCUCAGCAUUCUACCCCCGCCCAAAGUACCCAGGGUACUCCACACCCAAAAAGGAAGGAUAGCUACCAACAUCCCUUCAGCAAUAACAAACGUGACAGACAUGGCAACCACCACCAAUCUAGUGGAAGCAACCCUCCCAAGACAAGUGAUCGGGCCCCACUUCCCUUCACACCCAGGCCCAGGUUCGAGGUCUUCACCACCCUCAACACCACCUAUGAGAACGUCCUAGUGCAUGAAGCCCCUAUCAUCCCCAAGCCACCCCCCCGGAGACCGUUCGGUAAGCCUAUGCCAAACACGGGCUUCUUGUGCCACUUUCAUCAGUUCAGCGGCCAUGACACCGAAUCUUGUGUUGCCUUACGCAACAUCAUUGAAGGGCUCAUCUGUGAAGGGAAGCUAGACAACUAUGUGCACAACCUACCACCCCCAACCAAACCCUCACCAACGGUCUUCAGCACCGAGCAGAGACGCUUGCUAAAGACCCAAAAAUCAGGCUGGGCCCCCAUUACUUUCUGCAAGGAGGAGGAGCGUGGUGUUAUCCUCCCCCAUGAUGACCCGCUCAUUAUCCCUGCGGACAUUUCUAACAUCGACGUUAGGCGUAUCUUGGUGGACACUGGCAGCCCGGUCAGUGUGAUGUUUGCUAACGCUUUCAAUGAGCUCCAGGUCCCAUCUCACUUACUCGACCGAAGCAUCACACCCCUUGUGAGCUUCUCUGGUGAUGUUGUCCAGCCUAUUGGAAGCAUUCAUCUCCCUAUAUCUAUUAGAACCGCACCCCAGCGGGCGACGAUCACCACCUCCCACAUUGUUGACUGUCCCACAGCUUACAACGUCAUCCUUGGGCGCCCCGCCUUGGUCCAAAUGAGGGUUUUUAUUUCCACACAUAUGUUGCUGCUGAAGUUCCCUACGCCUAAUGGCACAGGCAAGGUGCGCGGCGACCAACUUGGAGCCCGAAGCUGCUAUGCUUCAACAGUCAAAUCCACCAAUUGCCAACAUAGGAGUGAGGCCCUCGUAGUAACCAAGGCUCCAGCCCCUCCUCAAGCUGGCACUGAACGACCUGAGGACCUGAGGGAGGAGUCUGUCACACAACAGGCCAAACCUGUGGAAGACCUGGAGCUGGUUACUCUUCAUGACGACAUCCCGGACCGGCAGGUCCAGAUCGGCACCUCCCUCUCACAAGAGCUUCACUCUGACCUCAUCGCCUUCCUCUGCCUCAACUCUGAAGUCUUCGCAUGGUCAUACAAUGACAUGCCUGGCAUAUCACCUAACAUCAUAUCUUAUAGGCUCAGCGUUAAUCCUGUCAUCCGACCCGUUUGA